AGAGCUUCCGGUUGCGUAAUCAACUUCCUCAUCUCGCGCAUGUAAGCGUGAUUGUAGGUCACUGUUGGUCCACCUGCGUUGAGGUAUUGCAUCACAGUGAGUUUAUAAAGAUGUUGCUUUUAUCAAACAGGAUAAAGUUUUGCUCUUUAGCGUUUACAGCCGCACGUCUGUACAGCAGCGGCCCAGCAGCAGCGAACAAAAACCCGCUGGUGUACUUUGACAUUGCCGCUGACAACGAGCCGCUUGGCAGAGUUACCUUCGAGCUCAAUGCAGAAGUCGUGCCCAAGACUGCAGAAAACUUCCGAGCGCUGUGCACAGGAGAGCAUGGCUUUGGUUAUAAGGGUUCAAUUUUCCACAGGGUGAUCCCUCAGUUUAUGUGCCAGGGUGGAGACUUCACAAACCACAACGGAACUGGAGGAAAAUCGAUCUAUGGAAGGAAGUUUCCCGACGAGAACUUCCAACUGAAGCACACUGGGCCAGGUAUCUUGUCUAUGGCCAAUGCUGGACCAAACACCAAUGGAUCCCAGUUCUUCAUCUGCACGGCUAAAACAGAAUGGCUGAAUGGCAAGCAUGUUGUCUUUGGCAGCGUGAAGGAGGGAAUGGAUGUAGUCAAGAGAGUGGAGUCUUACGGUUCACGGACUGGGCGAACCUCCAAGAAGAUCACUAUCACAGACUGUGGACAGCUCGACUAGACUCCGUGUGGACGUGUCCGUAGUCUCAUCUCCUGCUGUAAUUUCAAUAAAUGCAAGAGUGAAAGAGGGUCUUUCUUCAGUCAGCGAGCAGAGUGCUAUCUCUGUUCGCUGACAGUAGAUCAUUUCAAAACAUUUUUUGUUUAGGUUUUUUGUGCUUAUAUGCUGUAUUACUUCAGGUAAUGGAAUACACAUGUGUUUGCUUUAAAUGUCAACUUGAUGCAUCAAAAAUAAUGAAUGAUCCGAAUAUGUGACAAAGCUCUGUGAAUUUAGCAAUAUAAACUUGAACUAAUUUUGCAAAAAGGGGCUUUCAUUUGUAAAAACAAAAACAAAAUGUGAUUUUUUUUAUUUUUA